CUUUAUAGCUCAGCUGAGGGAUUUGGCGUGGCAAAGAUUGCACUGCUCACCUUUAUCUCUGCAGUUAUUCUUAUGGCUAUCCUGGGGAAUCUGUUGGUGAUGGUGGCUGUAUGCCGAGACAGGCAGCUUAGGAAAAUCAAGACCAAUUAUUUCAUAGUUUCUCUCGCCUUUGCCGAUUUGCUUGUAUCAGUCUUGGUGAUGCCAUUCGGAGCCAUUGAACUAGUUCGGGAUAACUGGAUUUAUGGAAGGAUGUUCUGUUUGGUCCGCACAUCUCUAGAUGUCCUCCUCACUACAGCAUCAAUUCUCCACCUCUGCUGUAUCUCACUAGACAGGUACUAUGCUAUCUGCUGCCAACCACUGGUUUAUAGGAAUAAGAUGACUCCACUGCGUAUUGCUCUGAUGCUGGGAGGAUGUUGGGUAAUCCCAAUGUUUAUUUCUUUUCUCCCUAUAAUGCAAGGCUGGAAUAGCAUUGGCAUAAUGGACUUGAUAGAGAAAAGGCAGUUCAACAACGUGUCCAAUGCAACAUACUGCAUAUUUAUGGUCAACAAGCCCUAUGCCAUCACCUGCUCAGUGGUGGCUUUCUACAUUCCUUUCCUGCUAAUGGUGCUAGCCUACUACCGGAUAUAUGUUACAGCCAGGGAGCAUGCGCACCAGAUACGAAUUUUGCAGCGUGCAGGGGCACCGGCGGAUGGGCGGCCUCACCAUCCUGAUCAGCACAGCACACACCGUAUGAAGACUGAGACUAAAGCAGCCAAGACCCUCUGUAUCAUCAUGGGGUGCUUCUGCUUGUGUUGGGCACCCUUCUUCAUCACAAAUGUAAUAGACCCAUUCAUACACUACCAUGUUCCUAGCCAGCUAUGGACUGCCUUUUUGUGGCUGGGAUACAUCAAUUCAGGACUGAAUCCCUUCCUGUAUGCAUUCUUGAACAAGUCUUUCAGACGUGCCUUCCUCAUCAUCCUGUGCUGUGGGGAUGAACGAUACCGAAGGCCUUCCAUCUUGGGACAAACGGUCCCCUGUUCCACAACUACUAUAAAUGGGUCGACUCAUGUGCUAAGGUAUACAGUCUUGUACAAUGGGCAUCACCUGGAACAUGACAAGCUUCCAAUCCACAAUGACCCAGAAUCCCAAGAGUCCUGCUUCUGACUAAGGUCCCAGGAUAUGAUCUGCAAGACAGGAAAGUCAAAAGAUCAUGUCGGGAACAUAAUGCCCGAUCAAUGUUGGCUGCAUUGCCAUAACACUGUCCUCUGCUGAUUGGACAGUGUUAACCGACAUUGACAUUGGAACCGACCGCAAGAAUCUGUUUACCAACCGGAAAGAAGGGGCGCAUUUUACAAAGGACAAUGGCAAUCUUUCUGUUGCUGCAGAGUGACGCCUGGAAAGUUCAAGUCCUUUGCAUGUGAUGAGCAACCAGUAAGCAACACGCCUGAUAGUUCUUGUGCUUGCUCCAAUUGAUGUGUGUUUGUAAGCACAUCUUUUUGUUAUGCGACAGUAUGAGUUUUUCCCAGAUGUUCAACUUCAAGAUGAAGUGCUAAUAUCAAAAACUACAAUUUUGAUUUACCAAAAAUAGGAACUGAGACUUACUUUUCUCUGUUUUUUAUUUUUAAAUCAUGAACUCUUGUUCAAGAAAUGAACUCCCUGUCCCUGUGCAACAACAAAGGAAACAGUCAUUCUGUAGAUAAUUUCCUGCCAGUCCUGUCUCCCUGCCAAGAUAUGCAAAGGAGCAGAAAUAGCCUAAGGAGAGCUGAAAUGAAACUAUGAUUGUUCACGAAGUCUUGCAACUCCCAACAAACUGGUCUAUGUGAACAAAGUGGUCAUCGGGCAACAGUUGCUUUCAUUAAAAAGAUGCUGCUUUCAGUCUCCUCACAUGUCUAGAUAAACAGUGUACAGCAUUGCUUCAAAGAAGAGUUGCUCCAGAGGCAGCCCAGUGAAGAAGA